AUGAGUUCUAACAAGGCAAGUUGUCAAGUGCUGAUGACCAGUGACACGUUCGUGGGUGUGCUCCGGCGUAUGGAGAAGAAGCUGGCCACUCUGGGAGAAGCACCACCAGUGAAGGAUGAAGUGGAAUACCUGGUCUGCAUUCUGGACAGAAGCUGUUGCCACGCCGACUUGGCCAAAGUCGCACAGGAGCACCUCUUCCGGCUUCUGUGCGUCUUGCCUGCCAGGCCGGUACGGUGUGAGAAUUCUGCCCUGGUCCCUUGGGUGUGA